UUAUUUCAGCCAAAAAAAAAACAAAAAGUUUGUUACUCUACCUACCCGUUUUACCUAUUUCCUUUCCGAACCGGUUGCUCGCCACGCAGCCUAGUGGCGGGGAUUGGAACCUGUUCGGUACCACGUUCACGACCAGAUUUUAUUCCUAACGGUUAUUGUAUUCGAUGUACUUAGAUGAGAAUUUCAUCAUACUCGUUUUAUGUACUUUUUAGUAAUUAAAAGGUUUGAAAAUGCUUCCUUUUUCGAUUUAUUUCGAUUAAGUUUCGUGAUUCAAAGUUCAAUGAGUUCUCUACUAACAUUUUGGUGACCCCUACGGUGAUAAUUUUUACUUUAAUCGCGAGUUCGUGAAUGCUAAUGUGCAUCCGCGGCAUCGCGAGAUGAUCACAUGCACACAGUUUUAGUACUUGAGAUUUCUACCUCAGAAUCCUUACUCAGCCAUGGUACCUGCUUCAGUGAGUUCUACUUAGAAUCGCAAGUUAUCCAGUAUGGAAAAACGAACGCCAGAAGCAAUACGUAAGUUGAUAGCUACUAUCAAAAGUGAAUUCGUGGCAACUCAACAAUGGUUAGAUAACCAAGGAGCUGCACCUUUGGCUCACGAACUUCGCCACCGAAUCCACAAUUUAGAAGAAAGGUAUGCUACAGCUGAGCAACUAAAUGAAGAGCUUUUACUAGAAGAUGCAUCAGAGACUGGUACCGUUGGUAUCGAGUUGCUAAAUUUAUACUUCAGUGUCGUGGCUAGCCUAGAAACCCUGCUGGAUGAAUCGGAGCUCCAACCUUCAGGGUCUGCUCACCUGGCCACAGCAUCAACUAAUGUUUGUCAAGGUACCAGUUUAACUUUACCUCCGAAUAAGAAUCCGGCCGAACGUUCGCCAACGUCCGCGCCAUACUCAUCUCAGAAUCCGGCCAAACGUUCGCCAACGUCUGUGCCAUACUUAUCUCCGAGUCAGGCCAAACAUUCGCUAAUGUCCGCGCCAUACUUGCUUCAGAAUCCGGCCAAACAUUUGCCAAUGUCCGCGCCAUACUUGCUUCAGAAUCCAGCCAAUUGUCCGACUACAGUUGCGCCACUACUAGACCAGUCUCCAGUACACCAGCUCACCGUAUUGUUACCUCAGCUUCCUGUUGAAUGCUCAGAUACGUUCACACCCCUACUUACUCCAUUUCCAGCUACUCAGCUGGCUACACCUUUACCUCAGCUUCCAGUUAAACACUGCAAUAUGUUCGCUACCUCGACUUCAGCUCAGACAUCGUUCACAGUACAAUCAGCACCAAAUACCUCAUCAUCCAGAAACUCCGACUCAAACAACUCGCCUCAAGCAACGUUGGCAGCGGCGGCGGCGAUAACAACGCCAUCCGCACAUGCGCUGCUCUCUAGCAGCACAGACACCGCUCCAGUCAACACAUCAUCACCCAGAGUAAUUCCUAGUAACCAGAUAGAAACGCUAGCCGCGCUCCCACCAGUACCAGUUUUGGCGCUUCCAGCGCCUGAAUCAGUUCUCCAAGUUUCUGCUCAAAAUGUGCAACCAGUAACUGCGCUUUCAGCUCCAGUUCCGGCGCUUCCUGCCUCUGAACCAGUAUUCACGCUCCAUGUACCAGUACCAAUCUUCACGACAGCUACAACGAUAUCCGCGCUCAAUGCGUCAGUCUCCGUGCACACUGAGCCAGUUUCAGUGUUCUCUACAACUUUGUCAGCUCCAGAAAUCUCUCCUCAAGAUGCGCUUCUAGUAGCCGCACUUGCGGCUCCACUUGUGACACUCUCUGCCCCAGUUCCAGUAUCCGUGUGUGAUGCACUGGUCUCUGCACGCGCUCCGCCAGUUUCAGCGCUCUAUGCGCCAGUUCCAGUAUCCUCUCCAGGUGCGCUGCCAGUAGCCGCGCUUCCGGCUCCAGUUUCGCCGCUCCCUGCGCAAUUUUCAGCACAUGCUGCGUCAAUUUCAGCGAACGCUACGUCCGUUUCAGCGCUCUUUACUCCAGUACCAGUAUUUGUGCGCAAUGCCCACAUCACCACCCACACUGCUCCAGUUUUGGCGCUUCCUGCACCAGUACCACUUCUCACAGUAGCUGCGCUUCCAGCGCCAGUAGCGCCGCAAUUGGCAUCAGCCUCUACAGCUUUACAGAUACACUCACAGGUUCCAGACAACCCAGCCCAGCUCUCAGCACUAGCCUCCAUGCCUAUCAAUAUGCCAGUCAACUCAGUAAGCAGUGCAGUAGUUUCUGCCUUCGCCAGCCCACUUUCCAGCAUCCAUAUCUCACCUCUCAGUUCAGACAGCAACUCUGUAACCAGUACAACUGUCUUGGUAUCCACUGUGACUGUUUUCAGCAUCAGUUUUGCAUUCUCAGGACGCUCAUUCAUACCAGUAGCACAGCUAGUAACGUUCGCUUCAGCGGCGGCAUCCGUCGUGCAUUUUGCACCACCCAGCACUGUAUUCAUGCCAGCUGCGCGCUCAUACGCCGCACCUAAUUCGUCAUCAGUUCCAGUAGUAGUUUCAUCACCGCAUUCAUAUGCAUCCUCCUCACAGAAAGCAACACCAGAGUCUUCCUCAGCUCCAGUAGCAGCACCAGUAUCGCAUUCCGCAACGCGUGUGGCUGUCUCCACAGCCCCCGCGCUCCUAUCUGCGCUCUCACACACGCACAUCAAAUCCGCAGUCAGCACAGUACUUUCCGCAGUUGCCAACACCGCUUUCAGUAGCCUUUCCGCGCCAGCAGCCGCGCUAGCAGCGCCUGCUUCGGCGGCGGCAUUCGUAGCGCAUCAGGCAUCUAACAGCAUCGUUUCUGCGUCAUUGGAGCGCUUAUAUGUGCUCCUGACCCAGAUAGCCGCAGCCAAUGCAUCGUCCGAGUCCAUAGCUGUUUCUCCCCAGCACCCAGAUUCACCAGUGGUAGUUUCCGCGACCUCCUCGCUCUCUUCUGCGCUGUCAGUUAACCCAGCUUUGUGUAUAGACGCGCCUACGCGAGCCAAGUUUGUCUCAGAUCCAGCAGCACCUAGUUCAGCGCCUUCAACGCAUCCUAUCAUACAGCCAGCUUCUCACUCAUUUUCAGUAAGCACAGAGGCAGCAUUUGACGCGCCUCACAUUGCAGUUUCCAGCACAAGCACGCAUCAAGUGCUAUCCGCGGCAUCUGCCGCAUCCUCUGAGGUGACCAUUCAUCCAGUUGUAAAUCAUAAGAAGAUUUGCAGCCAGCAUGCCGCGCAUUUCUCGCGCAUCCUUGCCGCUUCAGCAGCCAGUCUCAAACCUAUCUACGCACUAGUGUCUGAACGCAGCAUCGCGCAUCCCUCACGCACCUCCUCAGCCUUGACACUGGUUCCAGCGGCAUGCUCCGCACCUUCCUCGCCAAGUUCAGCGCUUCCUGCGCUCAGGUAUGAGCCUCCAGUUCCAGUACUCGCCUCCGCAUCUGUAACCAUGCUAUCAACGUCAGUGUCCGCGCAAUCUGCGCGAGUCUCCGCUCAAGUGAGCACCCCUACGCUAUUUCUCGCAUCAGUUCCAGUGUCAACAUCCUCAGUAGCCACGCAAUGCGCACCAGUAUUUGCUCAAGGGAGCGCAACCACCUCAACUGGUUUGGCGCUUGCUGUGCCAGCCUCAGCUGCGCCAGUUUUCGCGUCUGUACUAACGCCAUGUGCGUCAGUUUUCACUCAUGUGAGCGCCACCUUAAACAGCAUCGCAUCUAGCGAUCGGGCCACUACCUCGUUCCAGUACAUUUUGGCGCAAUUGACCACAUCUGCGCCUCCCACUCAUCCUGAUUUUCGAUGGUGUUUCAAGAACCUCUUCUGCUUCAGUUUCAAACCAGAUUUGCACGCGCCUUCACAUCUCAGCUACGCCUCAUACCUGCUCACACCUCGAAACGCAUUCAUAGAAUUCAGCUCUGCAGUUCCAGAAUUCGUUGCAAUGCGAGAUCAGGCCUCAGAGGGCCUCAAUGCAAUUGCGCACCUACUCCGCAUAGUAGCCAACCUGUCCGCGUCAGCAUUCUUGGCGGCGCUCAUUCUACUUGCAUCGUUGUUCUUUGCAGCACUCCUAAUCCGCACAGCAUACGUUUCAAUGCUUGAUUUGGCCACGGAAGGCCUCGUUUCGAAUACACACUCGCUCAACAGACACCUUACACACCUGCAAGUGCACAGUAUACAUAUGGCGCAGCCCUAUGCUCGUUUAUGCUAUCCAGUGAGCCGCGCUCCUCCUGCUCUCAAACAGUUUUUGGGCCACAGAGGGCUCACGCAUCGAUUCUGACGCUCAGCACGCCGAUCACUCUGAUAUCUACGCCUAUACUCUCGACUCGUACAUCUCAUCAAAGACAUCUUCGCUCAGCAAGCAGUCUAUCCUCAUCAGACUCAGUACUUGUCUCUCAUUCGACCCUCAGUACUCCAGUUCGAUCUCAGCUGAGCCUGAAACAAGAGUAGGGCUCAAUCCGCGCCUUGCGGUUUUUCCAGGGGCCCCCUAUGCCCAUUUGCCUCGUCAAGUAGAAGGAUGGUUGACCUCUACACACAUUUGCGCACACCGCACCGAGCCAGUCCAGCACAGAGAGACACAACGGCGACCUUCCUCGAACUCUAGCGACUCUACAGUCACCGCCCCGGCUCCCAGUUUCCAUUACUCAGCCAACAGCAAGAUUAGGUCGAUUUUUCCGACGCCUUCGGCGCCGCGGCGGCGGGAUGUUAACGCUUAUUUCAGCCAAAAAAAAAACAAAAAGUUUGUUACUCUACCUACCCGUUUUACCUAUUUCCUUUCCGAACCGGUUGCUCGCCACGCAGCCUAGUGGCGGGGAUUGGAACCUGUUCGGUACCACGUUCACGACCAGAUUUUAUUCCUAACGGUUAUUGUAUUCGAUGUACUUAGAUGAGAAUUUCAUCAUACUCGUUUUAUGUACUUUUUAGUAAUUAAAAGGUUUGAAAAUGCUUCCUUUUUCGAUUUAUUUCGAUUAAGUUUCGUGAUUCAAAGUUCAAUGAGUUCUCUACUAACAUCCUGAUUGUCAAUACAACGUUAAUGGAGCA